AUGUUAGGUUGGGUAGGAACUACUUUGGGGUUUUUGUUAGCUGCUGGGAUUUGGAAAGGAGAGUUGUUUCAUGCCCUUGACAACUUAUCCAAACACUUAUAUGCUAUGGAGUACGAAGGCAAAUUCAUAUUUGGUUUUCUGAUAUUUAUCACCACCAUUCCUCCUUUACCAUUAUAUUCCACUCUUAUCGUUCUUUCCGGUUACACAUUCGGCGUAUGGGAAGGGUUUUUGAUGAGUUAUAUGGCUAGUUUAAUCGGUGCCGUGGUGGUUUUUGUCAUUUCUCGAACAUUCUUAAGAGAUGUCAUUGGAAGAAGUUUACAAUCUUCACCUACAGCAACAUCUUUACUUCAAAUCAUACCUGAUAACCCACAUCUUCUCCUUUUAAUCAGAAUCGCACCAUAUCCUUACAAUCUUCUCAAUGUCAUCUUAGCUUCUUCACCUUCCCUCACUUUAUUCAAUUAUACAGCUUGUACAGCUCUAUCACUUUGUAAACUAGUUUUACACACUUGGAUAGGUGCUGGAAUUCACGACCUUUCUUCUUGGCAUAAACGACCAUCUCAUCAUGAUCUUCAUAACGAUACGAUGGGAAGGGAUGAUGUUAAAUUUUAUUCUACGAUUGUUGGAGUUACGAUGUGUUUGGUUUUAUUCGUUUAUCUUACUCAUCUAGCUAAGAGGGCGUUAGCGAGGGUUCAAAUUGAACAAGAACUUAGACAAGGGGAUGAAGAAGGUAUUUCGUUGGAAGAUGAGGGACCAUGA